AUGUAUGACCAAACCGGACAAGUCUUCACGGAAGUCGUCGCGCGGCGACCUCCGGACGCGUACCAAAAUGGCCGGGACUGGUCGAGGCGGACCGGCCGGCUACCACGAAGAGGCCGCGGCGGCCAAGGCAGGAAAGGGCCGAGAUCGCUCGCCGACAUGGCGGUGCACACGAUAGCGGAAAACAUUGGCGACGUGGAAGAACAGCACCUCACCCGAGAAGACCUGCCCCGGCGGUACUUGUGGAGGAUAUGGCGUCUCCUAGAGAAUAGAGGUGUAUGCUUUCAAGCUUGGAAGGUGUUUUCAAAGUUCCUCCUCGCCGAGGAUGACGAAAAGACGCUGGGCCUGUAUCGGUACCGCCAGCACAUUUGUCAGCCAAGCGAGAAUCUCCGUCACUACCUCAAACCUCUCGAGUCCCCGACCUUUGAUUUUGUGACACAUUUGAAUAUCACGGGGUCUUGUUCCUUUGGCGAGAAUGAGCUGCUGGCACUGGCGCGGCUCAAGAACCUUGCGAUCCUCGAGAUCAUCGAGUCGGCGGAUGAGCAACGGACCAUCUUUCCGAGGGUCGAUGAUCGUCUCGUCAGGAGUUGGUCAGAGAUGGACGACCCGUUCCCGCUCUUGAGGGUGCUUAGGCUCUGGGGCGACGAGUCCAUCACCAAGCACUCACUCCAAUACGUAUCCAAGUUCCCCGCGCUGGCGUUGUACGACGUGAACGCGUCGAGGAGCGACUGGAGAGGAGCCGGGGACGCCGCACUGGACGAGGGUUGGGAGAUGGACGAACCGUUACAUGGCCCCCAUGAUUCCCUGUUGUGGUACCUGAUGCUCUUCGAUGCUGUCGAGGAGAGCAAGCCGAGACAACUGCAGGGCAUGGCCCGCAAUAUUGACGACGGACUGAUGAAUUUCUGCCAGAGCAGCAACCAACCCAUCACAAUUAACCGUAACCAGGACGCCCCGUCGUUUCUCGACCACCUCAGCGAUGCGGCGAAGAGGAACCUCUCCAUGUACGUCGACGUGCCAGGCUAUGAAGCUCAAACCUGCAAGGGGUUCCCGUUCGAAACAUGGGCUUUCUGGCUGUACUCCUUCAUCGGUCAACUCACUAAAGAUGAGGACCUCACGAGAGCCGGCCUGAAGACGGAGCUCAAGGCGGUAUCGGAACAGCUGGUGCUGCCCGCCAAGCCACUCGCCUGUCUUCAACUGGGCCACUGCGGAUCUGGUAGGCCGGGUAUCACACCCGCCGUAUCUUAUGUACGCAGAGGACUCUUCGCCACGUCCAGGUACACAUUCUUCAGAAGAUCGUCAGCAGGCAGCAAACAGGAGUCGGUGCGGAAGCCCACGGAGUCACUGAGACCGACGGUAGAACUUGGAAAGGUUGAGACCGGACUGAACCCGAAUAGAAAGAAGAGGCGGAGGCUCGAUGACAUAUUGCAGUCUUUUAUGGGUUCUUGA